AUGUUGCCGCAGGUCGGCAUGCCGUGCAUCCCCGUCUUCGAGGACAACCAGGGGGCGAUUCAACUAGCGCAGAACCCCAUCUCAAACUCGAACUCGAAGGACAUAGAUGUAAGGCACCAUUUUCUCAGAGAACUGGUAGAGAAGAAGGAAAUUUCGGUCAUUCACGUGCCGUCGCCGUACCAGCGUGCAGACUUCCUUACGAAGAGUUUGUCGAAGGAUGCUUUCGAGUCUCACCGUGAUUUUGUGAUGAAUUUGGCAUGAACAUCUUGUUAUUUUUCUGAUAGGUUGUCUUUUGUUUUUGUUUUGUUUCUCGUUUUGUUUCCCGUUUUCUUUCAUUUCCCGCGCCAAGUAUUUGUUACGCGCGAUGCAGCUUCCUUUGAAUUGUUUUUCUUUCUCUUAUGUUAUUCUGGUAAAGUCUUGGCAUAUCGUCUGGGAAAGACGUCUUUUGGUUGAGAUAUCCGGUAUUAUUUCGAAAUUUGCAGUGAAGAUACUGUUGCGAGCAGGGGGGGUGUUAGAUAUACUCGCAGCAGUAUCUGGUCGUGAGGAUCCCAGGGGAUACGUGUUGGGAAUUUCGUGUGUAGUAGGGUACCACCGGUGCAGUCGCGGGGAUCCUUUUGGGGUGGUUGGUGCGAUGGAGCUUGCGUGCGUGCUGCGCACUUCUUCUUCCCUCUCUCUCUCCACCACCACC